AUGGAGAACAUGGGCACCGAGGUGAUGCUGCCCCUGCACCUGUCGGCAGGCCCUCCGCCGCCGAGUCGCAAGCCCAAGCAGAUCAGCGACAAACGACGCGACAAGAAACGAGUGGCCGACCGACACUGUCAACGCCAGGCUCGAGCCCGCACAAAGAACAAGAUCGCCGAGUUGGAGUCUCUGGUCGCCCAUCUGACCAGCCAGUCCGGCAACGAGGUCUGCAGAGAGCUGAGGGAGCAGCUCGAGAUCGCGCGCACCGAAAGUCGCUCGCUCAAACGCAAACUGGCGACGAUAUAUUCGCUGGCCCACAUCAACCCGGACGACGUGUCCGAGGGACGUCUCGACGUUGCGGAGAAGGAACACGCCGAUUUCUCUCCUUCUGUUGCUCUGCUCGCGCCGUCCAAACCAUCUCCCCUGGUGGCGGACGAGCUCCAGACAGAAAGCAGCAGCGAAGCUGGCCGUCAGCCGCGUGGGCCUGUUUGUAACGUCCACGGUGAGGCUGAAUUCGGCUUUGCUCUCGACGGUAGCCUCAAUUUAAACUUUUCGGAUGCCAUGUUCGAUGAGCAAACCUUCAAUCCGAUGGGGUUAGGUCCAACACCACUUGUGAUGGAUGAAAUGGCCGGCCCCCACAGCAGUAAUAAUACCACAGUCACCGCAACAGCCACCACUUCCAUCCCUCUUUCGUUUCCCGAAAGUGGGUCCUCGUGCACGUGCUCUCACCACACCCACCCUCACAAGCAGGCCAACAUGUGGACGUAUGUCAGCGAGACGUUGAUGGAUUGGAAGACGCACAACUGGCCCAAACUCAGAAAUGGCAACACUGCCGACGACAUUGCCGUCCGCGCUGUCAUAGAAGGCUGGGAUGAACCCAGCCUAGCUAACUUGAGCGACUUGUGGCGCAUCUUGCGCGAAGUCGACGAGAAAGUAUGGGCCGGGUCUCGUGACGUCGAUCGCCUGGCCGUUCUCUGCAUCAUGCAUUUGCUGCUUCAGUGCCACCUCAACCCGACAGAGGAAAAUAAAGCAAAGCUCCCUGCCUGGUAUAGGCCAAGACCGUCGCAAGUGGCCCAGAAACAUGCCUACGCCAUUGACUUCUUCGUAUGGCCGGGCAUCCGCGAGCGAUUUGUCUAUCACUAUCACAAGUACUGUUCCAACAGGUUCUGGUCACUUCUAGCACAACAUUUCCGCUUCGUCUGGCCGUACGAUCUCCGUGAUUGUUAUGUGCACAAUCGAUCGACGAACAGAUACCAACUGUCAGAUUUGUUCAAACGUCACCUCAACGAACUCACAUCCUUCACCUUUGACAAAGACAUGUUUGGCAACUACCCGGAAUUCGACUCCGACAUACCAAAGUACAUGAAAAUUCCGCAAACUUUGGGACAAGGUCAGCUUCCGAGUCAGCUGCGCAAUGAACUCCUCAAGAGGAGGUACAAUGAGAUGCAUGCACACCAGAAAUUGUUGGGAUUUGCUCCUAUGCCCCCAACCGGCUCUCAAGACCAGUGGUACGUUCCGCCGAAUGACAUGACGAAAAGCGUGGGCCCCUUGUUGUGGGCCCCAGCGCAGCCGAUAAACCAAUAUUUCUAG